GCAGCGGGAGGAAGUGGGAGCAGAGCCCGGCGCGAUGUCGGAGCUGGAGCCCCCGCAGCUGCGGGACAUCCCCGAGGGUCGCCAGGUCCUGAGAGACCAGCACGACAACCUCCACAGGGUCGCCGACUAUUGCGAGAGCAACUACCUGCAGGCGAGUGACAAGCGGAAGGCGCUGGAGGAGACGAUGGCCCUGAGCACACAGUCCCUGGCCAGUGUCACCUACCAGGUCAGCAGCCUGGCCACCACCUUCCUCCAGCUGCUGGACCUGCAGGCUGCCCAGCUGCGCAAGGUGGAGGCCGAGGUUGGCUGCGUGGCCCAGAGGGUUGACAUGCACAAGGAGAAGGUGUCUCGCCGGGAGAUUGGCUCGUUGACCAUCAGCAAGAGGUUCCCACCCUACCAGAAGAUCAUCUCCCCCCCCAGCCCCCCCUGCCUGGAGCCCUACUACAGGAAACCCCUCAACUUCAGCGUCCUGGAUGACAUUGGCCACGGCAUUAAGGAGCACCGCACGCAGCUGUCCCGCACCGGCACCCUGGCUCGCAAGGGCACCAAGGCGGCGGCUGCGGGGACCCUGGGGAGAAGUGCCCGUGUCCCCGAGCCCAUCCAGCCACCCGUGGUUCCUGAGGGCAAGGUCUCUGCAGCCUCCUCCACCUCCUCCCUGGUCUCCAUCAGCUCGAGUGGGGCCCUGGCAGCUCCUGGUGAUGAUGUCCUCACCCCACCCCUGCUGCCACCCCCACCACCUGAGGCCACCAUCCCACCACCCCCCCCUCUCCCUGGGGACCUGCCCCCACCACCACCAGGGGACCUGGCUGUGCCCCCACCGGACCUCGUGGCUCCAGCCCCUGCUGAGCUGGAGCCACCACCACCACCAGCUUUGCCCACCUCGGAGGACCUGGCUCUGCCGCCGCCUCCGCCCCCUGCAGAGGAUCCCCCCUGGGCCCCACAGACCUACUUGGAGAAAGUGGUGACCCUCUACCCCUACGCACGGCAGAAGGACAACGAGCUCUCCUUCCCACCCGGCACCCUCCUCUUCGUCACGCGCCGCUACUCGGACGGCUGGUGCGAGGGGGUCAUGGCCGAGGCUGCUGGGUUCUUCCCUGGCAAUUACGUGGAGCCCAUCUGAGGUGAAGGGGGGGUGGGCACAGCCCCCUCCCCACCUUCCCCAGGACCCCCCCCAGCCCGGAUCACCCACCCAGCUUGGCCGCAUCCUGCUCCGCUCUGCCUUUGACCAUCACCCACUGUCCCUCCCCUGGUGGUUUGGUGGCCUCCAGUGCCUUCAGCAACCCCUGCCUGGCCCCUCUUCUUUCAAUUUUCUUUUUGCCAGUUCUGGCCCAAAAAAAAAAACCCAAAACCUAAAAGGUUCAGCAGCUGGUGAGGAGAGAGAGGCUCGAAGCAGAGCGUGAGGACAUGGAGCCCAUCACCCAGAGGGACAAGGAGAGCAGCACCCAGCCAUGGCCCCAGGGGCAAGAUGAUGCAGCAGGGGACGAGCCAGGGCCCAACCCUGCACCAAGAGGGUCCCCUGCAGAGCAUGACUUGCAGUCUGGCCCCAUUCUGCUCCCCCCCCCCCCACCAUCUCCCCCUUUUCAGCAGCCCAAGAAGAGACACGACACGGAUCUGCCCCUCGGAGCCAUUUCACACCCAGGUUUAUGUCCUGGCUACAAACAACUUGUUUCAGCUGCAAUAUAGAGAUAUCUAUGUACAUA